AUGUUCCAGAAGCACCUAGUGCUUGCGCUUUGUCUCCAUUUAUGUCGAACAUUAGGAGCAGAUACAGAUGAUGCUCAAGAAAUCCCACUGCAUGCACAGAUGUUGACUGGUGCACCACUGGUCGAAUACCUACAGAAGAACCAGAAUCUUUUUCAAGUGAGAUCCACUCCGACACCUGGUUUCAAACAUAAAUUAAUGGAUGUGGCAUUUGCGAAUCAGAAUUCGAAUCCUAUUGUCAAUGAUGACAAUGACACCGGCGCUGACCUUCCGGAAAAGUAA